AAUAAAGAGAAUUAAAAAAAACUGUAACUUUUGUCUCGACGCAAUUUUAAAAACACAAAAAAAAAAAAAACAACCUAAGCAAUUGUUAAAUCUCAAAUGGAACAAAACGAUGAAGUAGUUGAACGCCAAAAGUUGGUAGAUGUGGAAACAGAGGAAGAUGUAACCAUUAGUGCACCUAAGUCCGUACAGACUCCCGCAUCACCAGUUGCUGUAGUACCCAAAAUCAGUAUUAAAAGCAUUUCAAGUGGCGAUACUACACGCAGUCGUAAUUCGGCUUCGUGUUCCAUAGAGAGAACAAUCACUUCUGACAAGGUUGGGCAAACCUCUGCUAAAGUUACGUAUGUUAAUGAACGACGACAACGUCCACAUUUGCAUGGUACUGCCGAUGAACGUUUUGAGUUCAAAUCACGUCCUAGAAAAUUACUUAAAGACAACGAGGACAGCAUAAAUACAAUAACACAAUUAAGUAAUGAGAGUCCAAGUGAUGAAGACAAUUGUGUCAUAAAUGCGCACAAAACACAAAACGUCCAAGUAACCACCGUAACGAAAAGUACUGCAACAAAUAGCCUCAACCGCUCAUCAUCGUUAGCAACGGACAGCAAUUUUAGCAAUAAUAGCGGAAAUCAUUUAAGCCAAAAUAACAGUGGCAGCAAUCAUCAGCAUCAGCAUCCGCAACAAUAUCAACAGAUUCGUAGUCAGAGUCAAUAUUUGGUAAACGAGAAUACAACAUUAACGAAUCGCCGUAAACUCAACGCAACGACGGUGAGUGUGAGUGCCGGCUAUCCAGGUCUGAUAUCGUCAUUGAACACCAGCAGCCUUAGUAGCGAUAAAUUUGAUCAACGUCCGAUUAAACAUCAUUCUUUCGUCUCAGAAGUGCCGGAUGUUAAACACAUGGAACGUGCUCUUUUGGGUCUAUUAGAUGAUUUUCAUUCAGGCAAAUUAAAGGCUUUCGGCUCGGGCUGCACUAUGGAACAGAUGACCAAGAUACGUGAACAGCAGGAAAGUCUUGCCAAAUUGCAUUUCGAAUUGGCUGCUGCCGAAGAGGAUGCCCUUGAGAAUGGCAAUGAUUUUAAUGCUGCCAAAGCCCAAGAGAAUAUGUUGCAACUAAUGCAACGUCUCGAGCAAUUGUCCAUUUCUAUUGAACAACUUCAAACGAGUCAUACGGGACUCUGAGAUUUGCUUAC